AGCCAUUUUCACACAAUUGGCGUGUACGGGACUCACGUUUAUUUGAUAAGCAGUUAUUUAUGUUUGAGCAGAAAAUGAGAAUUAUUUAUCAUAAGUUUUUUUUUAUUACAUUAUUCUAUCUUAAAUUCGGUGGAAUUUUAUUUUUAUUUUACGGCAAAUCAAACUUUUUUUACUGAAUUAAUUUACGUUUUUAUUUUGGAACAGUAACUGUAGUUUGAAGGUUUAAUUUUUUAUAAUAAUUGUUAAUUAACGUACAGUAAUAACUUAAUUUUAGUCAUAUUUUUUUAAAAAUAUGUUUGAGUCAAUGUCGCAACUCAGCAGCCGCGCGGGGGCGCCAUCUUGCUUCUCAGAGCCGGGAAGGCUCGUGCUCGGAUUUGCUUGUGACCAGAGGACCAAACUGUCAUCACACGGGCAGCACUGACGCUAAAGCCCGAGAUGAGCAGGGGGGCGCCGGGUGGAGAAGAGUGUGGCGCUGACGCGGCAGACGGGCGGAGGAACCCCGCCUAAGGAGCGCCGCGUGAGGGGAGCGGCAGGACGCAAACACCGAGGCUGCGCCGUCAUCCCCGCCCUGAGAGGACCGUCAAAACCCGGCAGUGUGGUGCCUGCACCGAGGUCAGGAGAUCCAGACAUCUUCCAUGCUGCCUUGCUCCUGUGGUUACGAGGAUGAAAUGGUUUUUGAACCAUCAUUUCUGCUUCCCGCUUUGCUGCUCUUCCACACAUUUUCUUUUGGAGGUCCUGCAUGUGUGAUUCGCUUAGACAUCAUCUCAGCUGUUGCCAGCUCACAGAUGGAGGGAGGUGGAAAACGGUGCUGGAGUCAAUCUACAGGCGAGGAGGACGACGAUGAGCGCUUUCAUUUUCGCCGCUGGGGUAGCAUAGCCGAGUGAGAGGAGCGUCCCGCCCUCUUCUUUUCCCCCUGGACACGGAGACCCGCAGAGUGGGCUCAACUGGAGCACAGACAUGCUGAUCAAGGAGUAUCGAAUCCCCAUGCCCAUGAGCGUGGAGGAGUACCGCAUCGCUCAGCUCUACAUGAUCCAGAAAAAGAGCCGUGAGGAGAGCUGUGGCGAGGGCAGCGGCGUGGAGAUCUUGGAGAAUAAGCCUUACGAAGACGGGCCGGGGGGCUCCGGUCAGUACACCCACAAGGUGUACCACAUCGGCAAACACAUCCCAUCCUGGUUCUGUGCCAUUCUCCCCCAGGCGGCGCUUCGAGUGGAGGAGGAGUCCUGGAACGCCUACCCCUACACACGGACGCGGUAUACCUGUCCCUUCGUGGAGAAAUUCUCAAUAGACAUUGAAACGUAUUAUAAACCGGACACUGGGAAUCAAGCAGAUGUCUUCAAUCUGUCUUCUAUUGAUAAAAGACAAAGGGUGGUCGACCCCAUAGACAUCGUCAAAGACUACAUUCCUCCUCACGAGUACCUGGUGGAGGAAGACCCCAAACUGUACCAGUCGGUUAAAACCAAGCGGGGUCCUCUGUCGGAGGACUGGAUUGAGGACAUCAACCAGAACCCCAGUCAGACUGCAGUCAUGUGUGCCUACAAGCUCUGCAAAGUGGAGUUCAGAUAUUGGGGCAUGCAGUCCAAGAUUGAACGUUUCAUACAUGAUGUUGGCCUGCGUAAGGUGAUGGUUCGAGCCCACAGGCAGGCGUGGUGCUGGCAGGACGAGUGGUACGGUCUGACCAUCGAAGACAUCCGGCAGUUGGAGCUGGAGACCCAGCUGGCUUUAGCCAAGAAGAUGGCCCAGUACAGCCACAGCGAGGAGGGGGCGGGGGAGACCAACGGUCCCUCCGGGGGGCAGGACCCUGAGCAAGGGUCCGGGGUUUCAGGACCGUCUGCAGAGACAGAGGGAGGACGAGCGAAGCUCGGAGACUCACUGGAGACUCGAGGGGAGCUCACCAAGCAGUGGUCCACGUCGUCCAGGUCUUCCAACAGGUCAUCAAAGAGAGGAGCCAGUCCGUCUCACCAGAGCAUUUCAGAGUGGAGGAUGCAGAGCAUCGCCCGGGACUCUGAUGACAGCACAGACGAUGAGUUCUUUGAUGCUCACGAGGCCCUUUCUGACAACGAGGACAUCUUCUCCAAGGAGAUCACCAAGUGGAGCUCCAACGAUCUCAUGGACAAAAUAGAAACAAUGGAGGUGGAUGACGCUCCAGGGAUAUAUCAAGAGUCGCCAGAGGAGACGCAGAUGGAGGACUGCUCCUCCCAGCAGUGUCCUCAGCCGUCCAAAACCCACGUCCUCAUCCUGGUCCUGCAUGGUGGAAACAUACUGGACGCGGGCUCUGGUGAACAGAGCAGCAAGCAGGCAGACGUGAACACUCUCAGUGGGGCUUUUGAGACCGUGAUGAGAGUCCAUUAUCCCGCAGCGCUGGGCCGCAUCGCCAUCAGGAUGGUCCCCUGUCCCGCUGUGUGCGUCGAAGCCUUCUCACUCGUCUCCAACUUGAGCCCCUACAGCUACGAUGAGGGCUGUCUGUCCAGCAGCCAGGACCACAUCCCGCUGGCCGCUCUGCCUCUCCUGGGUACUUCUGCUCCACAGUACCAGGACGCCGUGGCGACCGUCAUCCUACGAGCCAACCAGGUGUACAGUGACUUCGUCAAGUCUGCAGAAGGAACGUCUUUCAGCGGCCAGGUUUGUGUUAUUGGCGACUGUUGUGGGGGCAUUCUGGGAUUUGACGCCCUGUGUAGCAGCUCCGUGACGGUGUCAGAGAGUCAAAACAGCAGCAGGCGGGGCAGCACCAUCAGCGUUCAGGACACAGAUCUUCUGUCUCCCGGAAUCGUCAUAAACAGCAUCUCGCCGUCACUCGAAGGAAGUCGCCAUCUCAGCCGCAGCAACAUCGACAUCCCCCGCUGUUUAGGGCCAGACGACCCCAAAACCCAACUCCCACGCAAGCGCAGCGACUUGUCCACGUACGAGCUGGACACCAUCAAGCACCACCAGGCCUUCCUCUCCAGUCUUCACUCCAGCGUCAUCCACGGGGAACCCGGAUCGCGGCGCUCCAGCAACAGCACCAUGUUGGAAGGAGGCUCCCUGGGAAAGUUCGACUUUGAGGUGACGGACUUCUUCCUGUUCGGCUCUCCUCUGGGUCUGGUGCUGGCUCUGAGGAAGACUGUGGUGCCCUCUUUAGAUGUGUCGGCUCUCCGGCCAGCCUGUCAGCAGGUUUAUAACUUGUUCCAUCCGGCCGACCCGUCCGCCUCCCGCCUGGAGCCUCUGCUGGACAAAAGGUUUUACCUGCUGCCUCCCUUCAGCAUCCCCCGGUACCAGCGCUUCCCCCUGGGAGACGGUCACUCGGCGCUCCUGGUGGAGACGGUGCAGAGUAACCCUCAGCUUCUGACAGAAUCUGGCAGCACGGCGUCCCACCGCUGCCAGGAGACCACCGUCAGUGAGACCUCCAUCGCUGUCCCCGUCCUCAACUGGCAAACUUCACAUCUCCACGCCGAGACUGAAACGUCUCACAUCUCUGUCGAUGGUCCGAGUCCGUCUUCCGCAUCUCCCGGCGUUCCUCACUUUCGCUGCACCCGCAGAUCCAGUGAGGCUAGCAUCGCCAGCCAGGUGUCUGGUCAAGCCGACUCCUACACGGCCUCCAACAUCGCCACCAUUGCAUGUCGUUGGUGGGGCGUUAAGAGGAUGGACUACGCUCUGUACUGUCCGGACGCCCUGACGGCGUUUCCCACCGUGGCGCUGCCUCACCUCUUCCACGCCUCCUACUGGGAGUCCACAGACGUCGUGUCCUUCCUGCUCAGACAGGUGAUGAGACAUGAAAACUCCAGCAUUCUGGAGCUGGACGGUAAAGAAGUGUCUGAAUUCACUCCCUCCAAACCUCGGGAAAAGUGGCUUCGUAAGAGAACGCACGUCAAAAUACGGAACGUCACAGCCAACCACCGUGUGAACGACGCCGUGUUCACAGAGGACGGCGCUCAGGCGGUGACGGGACGUUUCAUGUAUGGACCUCUGGACAUGGUGACCCUUACCGGGGAGAAGAUUGACAUCCACAUCAUGACCCAGCCCCCCUCUGGGGAGUGGAUAUUCUUCCACACGGAGCUCACUAGCAGCAGCGGCCGCGUCUCCUAUGUAAUCCCUGAGAGCAAGAGGCUGGGUAUCGGAGUCUAUCCGGUCAAAAUGGUGGUCAGGGGGGACCACACAUUUGCAGACAGCUAUCUCACCGUUGUGCCAAAAGGAACAGAGUUUGUCGUCUUCAGUAUUGACGGCUCUUUUGCCGCCAGCGUGUCAAUCAUGGGGAGCGACCCAAAAGUCCGAGCCGGAGCGGUGGACGUGGUCAGGUACUGGCAGGACUUGGGUUACCUGAUCGUUUACAUCACGGGACGUCCCGACAUGCAGAAGCAGCGGGUGGUGGCCUGGCUCUCCCAGCACAACUUCCCUCACGGGGUCGUGUCCUUCUGCGACGGGUUGGUCCACGACCCGCUCAGACACAAGGCCAACUUCCUGAAAUCCCUCAUCAGUGAGGCCCACAUGAGGAUCUGCGCAGCCUACGGCUCCAACAAGGACAUCUCUGUCUACACCUCCAUCGGCCUGCCCCCAUCCCAGAUCUACAUCGUGGGACGGCCCACAAAGAAGAUGCAGCAUCAGUGUCAGUUCAUUCCAGACGGCUACGCUAACCACCUAGCCCAGCUGGAGUACAACCAGAGGUCUCGGCCCGCCAAGCCCGGGAGCGCCCGCAUGGUCCUCCGCAAAGGCAGCUUCGCUUUGGGUGCAGGCGGAGGAGACUUCCUGCGAAAACGCAACCACAUCUUUCGCACCAUCACCUCUCAGCAACCCGGGGGGACGGGCUCCGGCCCCGCCAACCAGCCGGGCCGGACUGAGCGCACGCUGAGCCAGUGCGAAGGCGAGCGGGACCGAGGGAUCGCGGCGGCAACCCAAAGGAGCAUGAGUAUCGCAGCGGGGUGCUGGGGUCGAAGCGGGAGCACCAAGGAGGCCAGUGGAGAGAUACUGGGCCCCAAAUGAGACUCAGCCUGAAGGGCUUUGAACUCCGGACCAGAUGCAGGAGGGGGACCCGGAUCUGCAGGAGGACUAACCAGAGCAAGUCUGUUUUAGAGAACAAAACAUCUGUGUAGCAUGACAAUUUUACAGUAAUACUUUUAUAGGAUGCAUUACUAUAGUAUUUAAAAGUGGAGAGAAUCGAAUUAUUGUCAGCCUUAAAAUAUAUUUAGUGUAAAGGAAUCCCCACCUUCACCUCUGUGAACACCGUCCAUCCAUCUGCAGUCAUGAGCUCAGGACAAACCACCGACUCGCAGCCAGAAAAAGUCCAGGAGGUCAAAAGGUCGGUUCAUCCAACUUAACAAAAAGGAGGUCAAAGGAAAAAUGGGGCGGAUACAAUGAGGACGUCCUGAAUUAAACAAAACAGGUCUAAUGCUUGGGAUGUUUUUGUGUUUCAACUGAAAAUGUAAAAGAGAAUGUUUAGAAUUUAUAAGUCUAAAAAUUUAAAAGACAAAAAUCCAAAAGAGGUUUAGUUUUUAAAAGACAUUUUAAACAGAUUUCCCCCUUUCUUUUACCUAACGAUUGUUUUUGUUUAUUUGGGUUUAUAUUUAAAUCCCUGAACAGAUGUCUUCUACAAUUUACACAAUCUAUAAGUAAAAAUAAUCAGGUCAGAUAUAAACGUCUCACUCUGAUCCUCAACCGUUUGUUUCAUUAUCAUGCUGCUGUUUUUAGCCAAGAUGUAAAAUCCUGGCUUGUUUUCUGGGACAUAGUUUCUGCAGAGCGGCAGGAGUUCAUUUGGACUUGUGAGUGGGACUGUUUGCACGGAGUAGGCCCACCCCUACUUCCCAUCAUCCAUCUGUUUACACGUUCUCCUACUAGCUUACAGCCCCUCACAAGUCCAAACUAACAUUAGCGAUGAAACAAAAAUGGCGAG